GAUCGGUAGUUGAUACCACUAACUCAAGGCGGCAGUUUCGAGGAUUGUUGACUUUCUGUGCUUGUGUGGGUGUAAUUAAAAUUGCACACUUCGUUAGCUACUUUGUUUCAGGCUUUCGUGGUUAAGUUGGUCACAGGUAUUGGUGUAGUUUAAUAUCAGUGUAUUUAUGGUCAAUCCAUAUUUUAUAUCACAAGACGAACACUAACCCCACUUUGUUAGAUUUGGUUGGCUUUUGAUUUUAUGUAAUGUUGGCUGAUCCUACUCUUCGUUAUGCGGAUAUUCAAGCCUGUUGCUCUUGUCUUGGAUUUCGUGAGGGCGAUACAUACAAGAUAGAUACUGAUGCAGAAGUUUCCAUUCGCACUUUAUUGCGUUACUUACGAAAUGAAACUGCUGAAUGUGAUAUACGACGGGAACUUGGUCAACUCCGCAUUGUUUCCAGUGAUCUCAUUCCGCUUCUCCGUUGUUGUAGCGGCAAUAAAAUAUUAUUUGAACUGGUCAUUCGUCUUCUUAUGAAUUUGACUCAACCUGCAAUUGUAUGUUUUCGUCAAGAGAUACCAAAGGAUCGUGAUCUUUACAGUGCUUAUCUUCAAGUUGAUGAUUUACUAAAGUCAUACAAAAAAGACUUUGCAGAUGAAGAAUUGUUUCGGGUCCUGUGUAAUGUGGUAGGCAGUUUGUUAGAUAGAAGCUGGGAGGAAAGGAGUGAAGAAGAUCGUCUUCUCAUUGAGCGUAUUUUGAUUUUAAUACGUAAUGUACUUCAUAUUGCUCCUGAUGUUGUUGGCGAACAGCGUACGGACGAGGAUGUUUCUGUACAUGACCAGAUUUUAUGGGCAAUGCAUUUAUCUGGGUGGGAUGAACUACUUUUGUUUCUUGCAAAUUCAGAUGAUGAACAAAUGUUCGCUUUUCAUACUCUUGAAAUCAUAUCACUGAUGUUAAGGGAACAGACACCCGAGCUACUUGCCUGUGCUGGAAACAGAGCAGAAACUAAAUCUGAGUUAAACACUCGGAGAAAACUUAUUGAAAGAUUGAAAAUUCGAGAUGAUAUGGAACGAAAGAAUUUUCUUUACGCCUGUAACCUAAGGCAAGCACGAUUUGGUGGUGCUUUUGAAUUGGUAAAUACACCAUCUUUGAGCGAACGUCCACUGAUUUACCAUCAUGAUAUUACCCAUAAAGCUCAAAUGGCAACUGUCAUUUCGAAACAGUUGGACAGUUCUGUAGAUGUGGUGGAUAAUGUCGGCAUCGUUGAAUUAGAUGUAGGAAAGCGAAAGUUCCGUAAGCCUAAACAUCGUAAACCUUUAGUUGACCGACCAAUACACCGGCGUUCAAUUUUGGCUGUCCAGUUAUAUCUGCAGGGUUUCUGUUGGCAAUUUUUAAAGUUCUGCUAUAAUCCAAUCAUGCGUGUUGUACAGUCAGGUUUAACUCGUCAAGCUAGCCAGGAGAAUGAUGAAACUUAUUUCCUUUGGACAAUGCGAUUCUUUAUGGCAUUUUGUCGAGUUUAUCGAUUUCGCUCAGACUAUAUAAGUGAAACUCUCAGUGUGCCAAUUUUUCAUUGGAUAUAUGAUCAAGUAAUAAAUUAUAAAGAACAUUUAGUAACCGAUAAACGUGGUGGCGCUUCAAAUCAACGUGCAAUCCAAGCAGCUCGACGUUUAGAACUUGCUGUAGCCUGUUAUAAAGAAUUUCUCACUUGCCUAAAUCGUAUGCUUCAUGUAACUGGAGCAGAUAAGACUGUUCAACCAGGUGACGAUGAAACACAAGAUGGUGUUGAAGAACGAUUACGUUCACAAGCUAAUGUUGCUGAGUCGAUUAUUGCCAAUGUAUUUUACGUUGCUGAAUAUCAAGAACUAUUCCCAAAUCUUUUGAGGGACUACAAUGAAAUAUUCAUGUCCAAAGACUAUUUGCGUGAUUUGGUUGAAGGUUCUCACUUAUUUAUAACUUUACUUUCCAACAAGAUCUGCGGUAGCAAUAAAAAAAUUAUUGUGAAACGUCGGAGAGUUCACCGAAGGAAAAAGCGUUCCUCUAAACCUAAAAAGAAAACUCAUAAAAGAGAUAUUCUAAAUCUGGAACCUGAAGCUGUGAGAAUUAGCCGUCUCGAACAACAAUGGUCUAAUCAGUUAGAACGUCCCUUAAUAGAGAUUUUACUUGGAACAGCAUAUCAAGAGAAUGAACAGGAUGAAAGUGAUGAUGAAAUGAAUGAUACAAGACUCUUCGAUGCAACUACAGGAAACAGUGAAGAUCAGCAGUUGAAAUCGGCCAUUCGUCGAGUUCAAGCUGCUUUAUUUGCAGGCUCAGCUAAAACUGCUCUAUCAAUGGCCAAGAGAAUGUGGCGUCUUUGGCCAGAAGUUGCUCCAGUUUCAAUUGAGGAAGAUAAUUCAACGAUUGAUGCUGGGCGUGCUGCAGGAUUACGGCCUGAAUGCUUGAAUGUAUUAGGGGCUUUACAGCAAAUUCAUAUGACUGAACUAGAGGAAGAAGAAGAACAGGAGGUACUGAAUAAUUCUUCAUCGAAUAGUAGUGAUAGUGAUAACCUUUACAACGAAGAACUUGGCAUAAGUGAUUCAAAUGAUGAAGAAAUAGUUACUACUGAAAAAGAAGUAGUUCUAGACUUUAGUGCUUUUAUGCUCAAAUUUGUUCAUCCACGUGUUGUACAUGCUUACACUUUACUUUUAGAGAAUUAUGAUAAUAAUCCUGAAUCAGUCAAUCAUGCAAUUGUACAUACUAUUCAUCGGUUGGCUGUACGAGAAAGAUUACCUGGUUGCUUUUUUCAAUUACGCUUAUUUCGAGUAUUUCAAAAAUUUCUACACGAUCGUGCUUUAGCUACUUCGCCAGAAUUUAAAGAAUUAGCAAAUCUCAUUAAAUAUAUCUUAAGAAAAUUCUUUGAAGCUGAAGAGAAAAACAACUACAUUCUAAUUGAAACUCUUUUCUUUAAAACUCCUAAAGAAAGUUAUGAGACAGUUCAAGGAUAUGGUACUUUUGAGAGCAAUAAGAAAACUAUUCAUUGGACCAGUGAACAUGAUAAAGAAUUAACUCAACUAUUUGAAGCUUAUCGUCAUGAUCCUGUACCUUCUGGUAACGAUUUAGCUGAUCUAUUAGUCAAACAUUUUUCCGAUCCAAGUAAAACUCGUCGACAAAUUAUUGCCAGAUUGAUUAUAUUGGGCUUGAUUACAUCAGCGAAACAACUCAAAGAAAUUACAGUUCGUCCCCCUAAACCUCUUAGCGGACGAAAUCGAUGUUUACUCAACAAUGGAGAAUCCAGUGAGUGGACUGAACAGGAGAUAGCCCGACUAAGAGACAUAGUCGAGUUACACAAAGGUUCAAAAAAUAUGCUAACUGAAAUCAUGAAUGAAAGAAAGGUAGACCAUGAUUUAGCUGUUCAACGUUGUUUGGAACAAGAAUUAAUUAUGGAUGAAAAUCGAUCAGACAAAUAUAUUCCACCUAUUCGUGCCAGACGUGUAGUAGCUGCUAAAAUUCUUGAACUUGAUCUAGUGGAUAAUGAGGAUCAACUUAAAACAGCUGUCUAUAAAAGGAAACGUACAAAAGUACAAAACGUGGAUAUGGAUGUUUCAAAAGAACUUAAGAAAAGCAAGAGUCGCAAGAAAAAAUCAUCAUCAACGUCAGAUGACGAACGAUCCAUGAAUUCAUCAUAUGAAGAAGAAGAAAAAGAAGAAGAAGAAGCAAAUACUUCACACAACUCAGAUUCAAAACAUAACACAAAUAAAAAUACCAGUCCUGAAUAUAUUAAUCAGUUAGUUGAAUCAGAUAGACCAUCUGAUCAAAUGGAUCACAUUACCUAUGUGAAUCAUACUCAAGAUGAUUAUACCUGUGGAGCAGUUUCUCCAAACUCAGAAUCAGGGUCUCCGAAAAUGCCAGUUCAAAAGAGAAGGCGUCUAUUAUCCUCAGAUGAUGAAAAUGAAGAUGGUCAUGAUACUUAUCAUUCAGACUCACCAAUGGAAAUACGACAUCCUGAGAAUGAUGAACCUGUUGGGGGUGUAUUUCGUAGAGUGCAAAUAUUAUCUUCGGACUCUGAAUAAAAUGCAAAUAUUUAUUAUCUCUCAAUUACGUACUUUUUCAUUAUUCCUAUGUACUUCUUAAAUAAGAAAGUUAAGCUAAUGAGAAAAAAGGACCUUUUCUUCUAGUCACAUUUACAAGAUUAAAGGACAGAGUCUUCUAUCUAAGAUUCCUUGGAUUUGUUUGUUGUGCACGUGAACGUUCGAAAAACCAGCUAUUCGUAUAUACAUUUUUACUCUUAUAAGAAUUAGAAAUUUAUUAAUCAGCACAUUUUUUACAGCUGUACAUGAAAAAUCUUAUCGUUUUCGUUUUAACGAAAGUUUUUCCGCUACAUGCAAGCCACCUACAGCAGGUGGUCUAACGAUAUCCAACUUUUGUGCCAUUUGAGGAGGGCCUUCUAAGUGUUCAUUUUGAAUUUUAGCGUCAAUAAUAAGUUGAUUAAGAAGAGCUUUUGCACAAUGUGGUUUUAUUCCCAACUUCGCUUGUCCCAUUGCCCAUUUGUCACAUGCUCUGAUCAUUGGAAAUAUAAGAUGAUGAACUAUG